UUUCGACCAUUAAAAUGAUCGAAAUUUUGUGUUUUGGCUUGAAUGCUGUAUACUUUAAUACUUUUAAGGCUUUAAUUCACAAAAAAUAAAUAUUAAGACUGUAAUUUACAAAUCGAAAUUAACUUUAAUAAAUUGCAAAUAAUCUACUAUAACUUUUAAAGUAACAAUUUUGAUCUAAAAGUAUCAACUUUAAAUUAAUCAAUGUUGAUUGGGUAAUGUAAAAAAUUGAAAUCGGGCUGAUUGGAUUACUCUUUGUAUAAGUAGUCUAGUCUCAACGUAAGGCGAUCUCCAGCAAAUGUGAGCUGUCUGAAAAAUAUUGAGAAAUUGAAUUUCAUAAAUUGUAUGGUGUGAAAACAGUGGCAAAGUUGUGAAUAAUGGCGAAGAACAAGGGUGAUUUUUGAUGGGUUUUAUGUGAAGGUUAUGUGGAGUUGUUUGGUACUUGUAUUAGAUGAAUGUUGUUGAAGAAAAUGAUGACAUUAACAAUGGCAGGUCUUAUACCAAUCAUCAAGUUCAAUUACUUAUCAAAAUUUCCACCAUCAUCUAAUUCUGUAAAGAGGGUUGCUUUAAAGCCUGCUUUUUGCUCAACUGUUCAGCAAGUGGAACAACAGGAGGAAAAAAUAGGAAUUUCUUGCGAACCUUGCAAUGGAAGAGGAUGGCUGCUUUGUGAUUUCUGCAAUGGACAAAAAACUAAUGUCAAAUCUCCAACCAAUCGAAUUUACCGAAGAUGUCCAACCUGUAAAGCGUGGAAUGAAUUCUAUGAAGAAAUGAGAUUGUGGAAGGCAAAUAAGCAUGAAACUUAAACUUGUCAAGAGAUAUUCCUACGAAAAUUACACUAAUUUUUCAUUACCAUUUCCACCGUUUAAUAACGAUUACUAAACGGGCCGGUUGGUUAACCUGAAUGCAUGUUUUCAGCUUUGUAAUAGCAUGUAUUUAUUUGGUAUUCAUGUUUUGAUUAGAAGUUUUAUAUUGUGGGACAGUAUAGGGAGUAUGUAUGGCUAUAAGUGAUGCUAUAAGUGGAGAUUAUUAUCUUACUUGCUGAUUUCUAAACAGAAUAUCAACUUGUAAAUGACCCAUGGAGCCAUUUUCCCUCCCCUCCACACCAUAUUUCAAAGUUUUCAUUUGUCAAAGAGGUGUCUUUGAAGGUAUAUUGAGGAAUGUAACACCCUUCAAACUAAACCUUUAACAACUCAAAGAUUUUCAUUUUAAACAUAGUUUAACUUGGAGUGUGAUACUAACCACUAACCGCUACCAAAUAAAUUAUUCAACUUGUACUAAAUGCACAACCAUUGGAUCUGAUGGUAGAAAAUCAGAAUGAAUGGAGAAAAAGAAUUUAUGUGGAGGACCAUUGGAACUCAUAUAUUGGUUCAUGUAGCCGAUCUAAUCUUUUGGGAUUAAGGCUCUGUCAUUGUUGAUACUAAAAAUCUUCUUUUACAACUCCAAAAGAAAACGCUAGUAGGCCGAGAAAGGAUGAGUUGUUAGGUUAGAGUUAGAAUUAGAGUUCAAUUUAUUGUGUCGAAUUUUGUUUAAUGUAGGAACAAAGUUUUGAUUGAUAGAUUUGGGGAUGUAAUUUCUGGAUAAUGAGGGUAAUUACGGUAUAAUUUAGGGCAAAUUAAUUACUGGAAUAUUUUAAAAGAAUUUUGUGAACUAAUUGGUGAUAAUUUGAAAAAAAAUCGAUUUUUGUAAUUAAUAGGAUAGUUUCAAUAUUUUGCAGAUUAACUUCAAAUUGAUUUUAUUUUUUUGGAAUUUUUUCUACAACUAUUGGUAUGGAAAGUUAAAAGCGUUAUGAUUUGAUUUUGGAUUAUGAUUAGAGGGAGCAAUGAGUCGUAAUUUUUGGUGUCGAUUACAAUGGGCUAAAGUGAAAUUGUUAAGUGAACCAUGUGUGCUUUUGAUUUAUGCGAAGUAGCAAACAAUUGGAAAAGUCUUUGUUAUUACAAGGGUAAGGCUAUGUACAUCUGAUAUAACUGCACUGUUGGAAACAUGUUAGUGGAAUUGGGGCAAUGUAAUGUAAUGUAUGCGGGGGAAGGGAGCAGGGUUAUAGGAUGCUCGUCCCUGCUAUAUAAUCGAAAUUUGUUGAAGUUGAUACGAUGUAGUAGUGCAUAGUUUUUUCGGUACUACUCAUAUCAUAUCCCCUUAAGGCUUCAAAACCCUAUCAAAAAUGAUUUUCCAGACCAUAGUGCAAAAAUGCGGGAACGAUCGCGGUUGCGGUAACGGACACUGUAAUACGGUAACGGGGUCAUGCGGUUAUUAUUAACCCAAAUCUCGGCCUAAACCAUGAAAUGUUGCUUGAAAUGGCUUAAA